CAUAAAAAAAAUAAAUCAAAGAUUCGUUUUGAUAAAAAUUGAAUACUCCAAAAUUAGAAAACAAAGAACAAGCAUAAUACACUAUAUGUAAACGACAUAGUUAAUCCGAGUACCAACAAAGAUGAACCAGCUGUGUAAAGUGUGUGGUGAACCGGCGGCUGGAUUUCAUUUUGGAGCGUUUACUUGUGAAGGCUGUAAGUCAUUUUUUGGACGCACCUACAACAACAUCUCCGCCAUUGCAGGUUGCAAAAAUAAUGGCGAUUGCGUUAUCAAUAAAAAAAAUCGAACUGCUUGCAAAGCUUGCCGACUGCGUAAGUGUUUAUUAGUGGGCAUGUCAAAGAGUGGUUCCCGCUAUGGACGACGGUCAAAUUGGUUCAAAAUACAUUGCCUCCUGCAAGAGCAACAAACACAGCAAACGGACAGCACUGGCACAGGCAGCACCGGUAAUGGCAGCAGUUUUGAACAACUAGCACGUUUAAAUCAUAUGCAAGUACGCCAAACAUACCAAGAUAAAACAAAUCCCUGCAUCAAAACAGCCAGCAUCUCACCCACAAUAUCAAUAACCAACUUUAAUCAAAGCAAUGCCACAACAGCACAUCGUACAAAUUUCUUAACCGCCGCAAAGUACUUAAAUGGUCUAGAGAGCAACAGUCAUGCAUUGAACACAAAGUCCGAGUCAAGACUAAGUGAUACGCCGAGCGAUUCCGGUGCAUCCUCUGCUGGAGAUGGUGAUACAGCGGACGACAGUGCAGUCAGUGUUAGUGGUCGACAACAUAACAAUCGUAGUAGCACUUCAGCUCAUCAUCCAGACAAUACUAGCGAUGAUGCUGAUGAACGAGAUCGACGGCGUAAACAAUUCUUACAAAUUUUUCGUUCUCAUUCGGAACCGCUACGUAGUCCAUUUAUGCCAUUCUCUCUAACAAAUUUUCCAACUUCUCACUUACCAGUCACACAAACUACGCACAUAUUACCCGCGAUCAAAGAACUUAAAUGUUUGAACGAGACUUUUAUGCCGUUAACAUCUAGUACGGAAGACACACAAGAAGAACCCAUUGAUUUAUCGGUUAAGUCGAGUGAUUUACGUAGAUAUAGUGAAACACCUUUAACAAGUACUUAUUCACCCAGUGAAAUUGAAAAGACCGACACUGAAACUGAAAACAUUAUACAGAAACCUGCUCCACUGGAUCUAACACUUGUACGUACGCCUACACUAACGGGAUAGUUUUGGAAGGACACAUAUCGGAAAAUAUAUAUGAUUAGAAAAUUAACUGUUUUGAUGAUCUUUUUAAAGUUGUUUCUGUUGAGGAAGAAGUAAUUUUCGUGCCAUAAAGCCAAAUGCACAUUUAUUCAAAUUAUGCGCUGGAUGAAUGCAAAUAAAUCUAAUAAAAAUGACUUCCGAUUCAUGCGAGACUAUAUAAAGCUGCUAACAAUAUUAAACUACGGAGUUAAUGGAUAAGGUUCUAAAUGAAAUUCUAUUUCAUUUUAAAAUCAUUUUAAUGUAGAGAUCAACAAAUAUUAAACAGACAGUAGAAGAAAGUAUGUUUAAGAACUCCGUCUAAAUCAUUCACCGAACAACUUGAACCAUUAAGUUUAUAAUCCAGUGUGCAGCUUGAUCAACCCAUAAAAAUUUUCUUACUAAUUCACAUCGAUCCCAGUGUUUUGGCAAUUAGAAUUUAUUCUUUCCGACAUCGUUAAACUUUCGGGAGAUA